CAUCUUUUUUUUGUUAAAUCUCACUUUUUUUUUUUUUCUGCAAAAAUCAAAUCUUUUUUCCUCACAAAUCCUCUGUUCAUUUUCAAGAAUCGUGUUUACUCCUCCUCCUUCCCAAGCUCUUCUUUUUGAUAUUUCGAAUAUCUUUUUUUUUUUUUUUUUUACAAGAAAUGAACAGUCGGAGCUUGCUUUCAGUUUGAUCCCAGAAUUUCUUGUUUUCCGUCAGUUGAAGGUUGUUAAUCGACGACGUUGGUUCUUGCUAACUUCUUGCAAAUGGGUUUUAUAUUUUGAGGUCUACUCAUUUGUUUUUUUCUUCUCUCUAUUUCAUCUCUGUUCAUUUAAUUAUUUCAAGAAAUCCUGUGGGAUAGUUUGCUUGCAAGAAGAAAAUGAUGGGGUGUUGAACAAAGUUGAUAGCAACUUUUGUUUUCUUUUCCUUGGAGUUUGAAGUAUGGAAGGUGCUAAUACUUUGAGUAGCAGUGGAGUAACAGUGGUGGGAUCAGAUGCUCCCUCAGAUUACCAUGUGGCUCCAAGGACCACCACGGAUAACCCGACUCAGGUGACUGGAUCAGCGCCACCAACUGUGACUGUGACUCCUGCAGCAGCUUCCGUUGCUCCUCCAUCGGCCGCCGCUGCCGGAUUGGGCGGCGCCACCACCUUGAAGAAGAAGAGGGGCAGACCUAGAAAGUACGGUCCUGAUGGCUCGGUGGCUAUGGCCCUCUCGCCUAAGCCUCUUUCCUCCUCCGCCCCUCCUCCGGUUAUCGACUUCUCCGCCGUGGAGAAGCGCGGAAAAGUCCGGCCGGUCGGCGCAGCUGUCAAGCUUCAACAAUCCAGAAUGGAAACCGAGAGUUUGGGUGAAUGGGUUUCAUGUUCUGUUGGUGCUAAUUUUACACCUCAUAUAAUCACCGUCAACGCUGGCGAGGAUGUGACAAUGAAGGUUAUAUCUUUCUCUCAGCAAGGUCCUCGGGCAAUAUGCAUUCUCUCAGCUAACGGCGUAAUUUCAAGUGUAACUCUUCGUCAGCCUGAUUCUUCUGGUGGGACAUUGACAUAUGAGGGUCGCUUUGAGAUACUGUCACUCACUGGAUCAUUCAUGCCUUCCGAGACUGGAGGAAUGAGAAACAGAUCUGGUGGUAUGAGCGUUUCUUUGGCUAGCCCUGACGGGCGUGUUGUUGGAGGUGGAGUUGCCGGCUUACUAGUAGCUGCCAGUCCGGUGCAGAUUGUGGUGGGAAGUUUUCUCGCUGGCAACCAGCUCGAGCAGAAGACGAAGAAACACAAGCCCGAGUCCAUGUCUAUUAUACCUACUGCUGCUAUCCCCAUAUCCAGCGCAGGAAUGGAAGAUACGUAUCAUACUUCCCCGUCGUUUCGAGGAGAUAGCUGGUCGUCAAUGCCCUCGGACUCAAGAAGUAAGCCCACAGACAUAAACGUAACUUUACCCGGGUAGAAAGCCUAGACUCCAGAUUGUUCGAACACAGUUCUUACUGACAACAUUGGCAUCAGAACGAGUUUCACUUCUUCAACGUUCGCCUGCAAAGCCAGGACCAGGAUGCACACCAGCUGCAGGCGAGGUUUGUCAAGUUACUUAGUGCAUUAGGUCGGCCAUUUCUUUCAUCCUGCUUUCUGUCGUAGAACGAUUUAGAUUUGUAAAUUUACUCUUUAAUUUGAACUUAUGUAUUGGUACUCUUUGUCUAGCGUUGCUCUAGAAUCCGUUUUUUCACUCGGCCCUUGUCUUUCGUUUUCUUGAUGAUUGUUGGAGGAAAAAAGAGAUGAUUGUUGGAGCAGUGAUUGAUUGCUGUUAAAA